ACUUCGUCAUGAUUGCGUCAUUGUGGUCGUCGGCGGCCCUUUGCUGCCUCGUGUUGCUACCAGGCCUGAUGGAGACCAAGUCGGUUCCAACCAGCGUCCAGCAGGAAGAGCGGGUUGCCGUCGGCGACGUUGGAAUCGGCUCAGAUGAAGCGAACGGCUUCCUGAGUCACUCCAGGCCGAAGCGCAACGUGGAGCCGAGGUGGUACCGAGGAAACCCGGACUUCCAGUCGUACUACCGCUACUACAGCAGCAUUGGGCACACCGAGGGGAUCUACGAGAUCGACAAGCUGCGGAUGCUCUACCAGCAGAUGAGGUACCUGGAGCACACGCUGGGCCCUGACGCCGCCUACUACCAGAACAAGCUGGGGGCGUGCGACCCAGCCACCGACAAGAAGUGCAAGGUUGCUCCCCCCCCUCCAAUGAAGGGGGUCCCAAAGCCCACGGAGCCCCCAGCAACCCCCCCUCCCCCUCCAGCCAUGUCCCAGGCCGACGUCCUGUACCUGUGCAACAGGAAGGACCCGCUCUGUAAGCCCCACAUCGUGUACCUGCCCAGCGGCUCCGUGCCGGUGCUCUGCGACCCCCGCCACCACCCCCACUGCACCCCGCAGAAGGCCCCGGCCCCCGUCGCAGCGGCCCAGCCUCCCCCCCCUCCGCCAAUGAAGUCCGCCCCACCUCCCCCUCCCCCCCCAGCUCCACCAGUCCUCAUCAAGAAGUCUCUCCCGGCCCCCGUCCGCUUCGUCAAGGGCAUGGAGUACGACUGUGACCCCUACUGGGACCCCGAUUGUCUGGUCGAACACCCGCCCAGACCCAUGAAGGGGGCGAUCGUGGCCCCCCCGCCCCCACCUGUGGAGGAGAAGAAAGAGCAGCCAGCUCCCAUCAAGACCAAGGGCAGCGUGUACCCGUACUACUACCCCAUGCCCUACAACCCCAUGGACGACCUGUACGACCCCGUCCGCUUCCAGUACCCACAACCCCCUGCUGCAGACGAGCCGGCCGAGUCCGGCCACAGCCAGUGA